AAGCAGCAGGAAGCAGCACAUGGCGGUGGUGGUUUUGUGAUUUUGUUCUCUUUCCAUAGGGAUUGAUUCAGCGUUAGUUGCCUCCGGGGUCUCGGAGUUCGUGAUAUCAUAGCAUUGGCAGGAGUUGCAUGAAAAAGCUAUGUAAUUACAUUUUGUUUAGAGAAAGCAACUGGAAUGGACCUGAGGCAGACAAAUCGGGGGUCACAUGUUCCUUCCUGUUUGGCUCCGGUUGGUUCAAACCAGAACAUCCCGCUGACUGCAUCUCGUUUGUGGAUAUCAAAUUCAGGACGGAACUCGAAGUAGACUUCAUUCCGUUUGUUGCAUCCUCCUCCUUUUUCCGCGCAUCGCGUACUGCGCAUUUGCAGAGAUUUUUCGCAAUACCGUUUGUGGAUAAUGCUGAUUUGCUCAUUCGUUGGAUCGUUCGUGUCACCAACGUCACCCGCCGAUAUAAUCGUUACUUACUCCCUCCACGUUGCCAGCAGACCGCAUCGAGGCUUAUCAGACACAUUGUGUCAAUCUCAGGACUGGAAACGAAGUAUGGGUCGCUCCUAUUAGGUGACACUCUGUCAGGGACAGCACGGGCAAGCAAAGAAUGCCUGUGUAUCAACAUUGAUCCUUGACCAUUGACCAUUGAAUUCGUUCCGGAUUCAAUUGAUGCAGAGAGAAAGCAUGGUUUAAGUCAAGAGGUAUGAGGAUGGAGGGAAUCAGUCCGGUACGAGAUAUCACCCAGAGGCUGAAUUUAUCGAAGAG